UAGUGAUGUGACGUCAUAGAGCUGCGCCGCGCUGCAGCGUCUGUUGCGAUUCGGCUGACGAAAGCAGAGUGUCCAAACACAAACUCCUGGCGGAGCAGCAGAGGUCCACGUGACACACUGUUAUAAAGAUGGCGUUUAUUAAAGAGGAGAGUGAAGAUGUGUGGAUUGAAGAAACGUUCAGAGUCAAACAAGAAGAUGCCCAGGAACAAACAGAUGUUCCAAAGUCUUGUCCAGCCAAACUUCGUGUCAUUCUUCAGGACCAUGACAUUCGCAAACUUGACUUGCCUCAUGGAAUCCCAGGGACUGUGAGUGAACUUGAGUCUAUUAUGAGGAAGACAUUUGGCCUUAAUGGGAACUUUACUUUGCAUUAUAAAGAUGCUGAUUUCGGAGAGGAAUAUUUUUCUCUUACCUCAACAAGUGAAAUCAAGGACAAGGACACAAUUAAGGUGAUUCACAUUGUUGAACCUCCCACACUUACGCUGACUUUUACUGAUGUGGAGAGUUCCAUUAAAAGUGCAUCAAAGACCUGCAUCCAAACCUCAGUCCACACUUCAGUGACCGACAUCUAUCCUUCUGUCAGCAGUUCCUAUUCUGGAUCGCAGGAUACUCCGAUUCUUUCAUUAUCUGAACACAAGACUCAGCGUUCACAGCGUUGGCCUUCUGAAUUCCCAGUACCUCGCUUUGCCUAUGAUACAGAACUUGUGCUUGCUGCAGCAAGUGAAGCUUUCAAGAAGGAUGGAAUUCAACUCAACUUUACACCAAUCCUUCCAGACAUCCUAGAGAAACUGGCUGAAACCAUCUUUCAGUAUGUGGCCUACCCAACAAGCGCACAGUUGUCCGAUGUUGCUGAGGCGCUGAUUCAGAAAUAUCCUUGCCUUAAAGAACCAGGCUCAUAUAAUGGAUGCUAUGGAUGGCGACAGAGACUGAAAUAUAAAAUGGGCAACUAUAGAGCAAAACUGAGAGGGCUUGGAUGCCCUGAGCUCGAUGUUAACUCCGUCAAAAAGAAGCGUGCACAUGAAAAAGCACCUGCAAAAAAUAUCAAAAAGCCAAGAAAGGCAGAGGUGAACUUUUUGCCCCCUCACCCACAAGGAGAAACCGAAGAAAGCUUGGAACGUGAAAGAGUGGAGCUCCUUAAUGAAGUAAAGAGGGAUAUGAACUAUCAGAUCAUCAGUGAAAAAAUGGCAAAGACAUUCUCUAUUCGCAGGCAGGAAAUUGUCAGUCAAGCAAUACCCGUCAAUGAUUUAAAAUACAGAUGGCCUGCUCUUUUUAAUGCAGCUCAGAUAAAUGAAGAAUUCGAAAGGAUCACCACUGUUAAUCUGGAGACAACGUUCAUGGCAAAACUGGACCAGUACUCUCCUAAAAUAAUGUCCUUGGUGUUCUCACGGGGGCGGUCUUCAAAAAUGAGUAUACAGCGAAUUAAGAACAUGCUGCUAGAGGAUUAUUCUGUGGAAGGAAGGAGAGAGGCUGCUAUUCGUUCCUUAGUGGUAUUUCUCAGAGAAAAUGAGGAAGAUCUGUUUAAAGAACAUUUGGAUGAUGGGGAUAUUGCCAAUGAAGUGAUGAAGAUUAUUAUAACUAGAGGUUCCACAAUGUCAGAACCAGCCAGAGCAACAAUUGUGAUCGAGGGAAUGGAAGUCCAGCAAGACCUGGACGUACCCAGGGCUUGUGCAUUGCUAAUGGGACUGAUAUACGCACUCAACCUCAGCUACCCAAAAGAACUAAAAAACACUUUCGAGGCAUUUCAAAAGAUCUUCCUUGAGCUGGAUGAUAUGAAAGCUAGCCCGAAGGUAAUGUCUUUAAAAAACAAACUACUGUACUAAAACCGUAAAGAAUUAGGUUGCUGUCAUCAAAUUCAAAUGUGAUGUAUAAAAGUUAAGUUGUACAUAUAAUUACAGCAGAUGUACACUUGACAGUUAGCCAUUUAUUUGGAACACCUACAAAAAAUGUAAUGUUUAAAAAAAAAAAAACAGCCUAUGGCGUUAAUUUUAGCUUGGUGGACACUGUAAACUGGCAAUGAGUGUUGUUGAAAUUUCUCAUGUUUUCUGUGUUCUUUUUUGGAAGUAAAACCACAUAUUUACUUACAAAGUAGCUUGGAAAACACAUUUUUUCUCAUGGUUUAUGCCAUUUGAUGCAUUUUUGGCAACACUAAAUCUAUCAAUAUUCCUAUUCACAUACGUUUUGAAGCACUGGAUUCAGUUCAGAGGAUCAAAAACCACAUGAGUUGAACAUGUUGUUUUAUUUUGUUUAAGGGAAACGUCCUGUCAAAAGCCUGCAAUUUUUUUUUUGUCUGUGUGUGCAUAGAUGAUGUUCACUAUUACCAAAUUAUUUGGACCAAACCAAAGUUGCCAUUAGUUUUAUAUUAAACAAUUUUUAAACCUGGAAC